AUGUCGGCGAAUCCGUUGCCCGAGCAUUUCCCUCCCCAAGGGAUGCUCACCAAACAGCAAUAUGAUUACUUCAACACUGGAAUGGGUAUUGGGACGACUGUCAUGGGUGUCAUUCGGAAAUUGGUGUACUUCAGUGGAAACAUGUUCGGGGGGCACAAGACGAUAGCGAUGGUCAUAUCCAUCGUCUGGGAAUCCUAUGGUGUGACGGUAUUCAUCGCGCAUGUCGCGUGCGCUGAUCUCCUCCGUCGUGCCUUCAGCUGCGAGGAGCUCAACGUAGCCAACCUCGUCACGCUCUGCCAGAUCACCGAAGUUAUUGGCACAUGCGGAAUUGGGCACGAUGCAGGUCGGCUUCCGUUCGUCGACUAUGAAGGUGUCGGGGAGAAAAUCGACCUGAGGAAGUUCUGGCACGACCAUGCUCCAGGUGAUGAAGGGAAUAAUUUCUUCGACUGGAAAGCACUUGGGCAGAGCAAAUACAGCUGGUUGAUCAACAGGCCAGAUGUGUUCCCAAAAUUCCCAGCAAAGGUUGACGCGAAUCGUGUCCCCAGCGAAGACUUCACGAUUGGCGAAAACGACGUGAUAUGCAACAAACCCAUGGAUGUAUUACACGCCCUCGUCCCCUACCUCCCUGCACGUUCCUAUGCAAUGCUCGUCUCGACCUGCCGACAGCUGCGCUACCACGCACUGACGACGCUCCAACCACACGCGCGCAACAUCGUGAUUUCCCUCGUCUGGCCCCUCCCCACUCGCAACGAAUACAAGGCCGCCUCGAAGGACGUCCGCUCUAUCAUGGCAUCAGAGGAUAUGGCGGUUUCGCCUGCAGACGCCGACUGGUAUAUGUAUUUGUCGAGGGUGCAUCGGACGAAGGGUAUGCGGGUGCGCAGGUGGAUCUGGAGUUCUUGCCAGGAGAUCAAGCGAGUCUACGAUGCGAAGCUGCCCACGUCGCCGUUUGUGAUCACGGAAGAAGGAGGAAAGAGCAAGCAAAGAAAGGAACUGGAAGCUAAGGUAGCGCAGAUGUUCAAGAUGUACACUAUGUGA